ACCUGGCCAAUAGUUGUAAAAUCAGUUCAAGUGCUUCUUUGCAGAAGCUGUGCCAACUCUUGGAGGAUUUCUAGGUUAUAUUUUGUGUGUUUGUGUUAGCAUUAGAAUAUUACUUUGUCAGCAGCCAGGGUAUCCAUCAAGCUAUGUGCGUACCACAGAGAUUUCAUGUGUUGUAUGAAGAAAAGAAAAAUACAUUACUGAAAAACCCUGCACAUUGAUUUAUUAGAACUAAUUUAUGUAGUAUUACACAUAUAUUCAGCCUCCUUGAGUUUUAUGAAUUACUAAUUUAAUAAAGCAUGUUUUCAGCACCAUAAAUUGUCUGUUCCAUGCUUCUUAUGUAUGAAACAUGUUUACUCAGUCAUUGAAUAACAGCUUCAUGUCUUCGUUACAAGGACAAUCUAUUGCACAAAAAAAAAAAAAAAAAACCUAAGCACCUCAAACAUCAAGUGAGAAAUCUGAGAACUGGGCGGCCCUGCCGCGUCAGCGUUCGGCCUCCGACGCCACGACGACAGAUGUGCAAGAUGUCCCACCGAUCUACGUUUUACUUUUGUUUGAUUUUAACUCUGCAAACGCUCACUCUCUUUAUCGUAUUAAUUCGUGCAAAUGAAUCAAAAGUUAAAAUUGAGGUUACGUUUCUGCCUGAAAACUGCGGCCAGAAAUCCAAGAGAGGAGACAUGCUGAAUGCGCAUUAUGAUGGAUAUCUAGUUAAAGACGGAUCUCAGUUCUAUUGCAGUCGUUCGACAAACACGGGUCACCCACACUGGUUUGUGUUAGGCGUUGGAGAAGUUAUUAAGGGGCUGGAUUUAGGGCUGAAAGACAUGUGUCCCGGUGAAAAGAGAAGAGUUACAAUUCCUCCUUCUUUGGCAUAUGGCGAGAAAGGAAAAGGUCCUGUACCACCAAAUGCAACAGUGGUCUUUGAGGUGGAGCUUUUGUUCAUAACCAGAGGACCACGCAGCAUAGAAGCCUUCAAAGAAAUUGAUGCUGACGAUGACAAGGCCCUGACAAAAGAUGAGAUUAAAGAAUACUUGAAAAUGGAAGCACAGAAGUUAAAUACACAGAAAGAUGAAUCCUAUUUUGAUGAUGUUGUGGCAGAUGUGUUCCAAAAGAAUGAUCACAAUGCUGAUGGGACCUUAUCACUCACGGAGUACAACGUUUAUGGGCAUGACGAGCUGUAAACACUGCUAGACAGCUCAUGCAGUCAUGCACUGGACUUUCUUUACAAGAUACUCUUCACAUUGUGAUCAAGGAUUUUUCACCACUACAAUUUAAAUAAAGUUGACUGAAAUACUAA